AUGCACCUCCUGGGCCCCUCCCUGGGGACGGGCCUCCUGGGGGCCCGGCCCUCCCCUGCCAGCCGCUCCGCGGACCUGGCCAGGCUGCUGAGCCUGAGCGGGGACCUGGAGCCUGAGGAGGGCGUGCCGCGCGUCCCGGCAAUGCCCAGCGCCCCCAAGCUCAUUCCCCGCAUCCUGCACCAGACCUACAAGAGCGCGGACGUGCCGCAGUCGGCGCGGCGCCUCAUGCUCAGCUGGCGCACGCUGCACCCGGGCUGGGACAUCCGCUUCUACGACGACCAGGACUGCCUGGACUUUGUUCGGCGCGAGUUCCCCGAGUACCUGGCCGCCUACCGGGGUCUAGAGCGCGACGUUCAGCGCUCCGACUUCUUCCGCUACAUGGUGGUGCUGCGCCUGGGCGGCGUCUACGCUGACAUCGACACCGAGGCGCGGCAGCCCCUGGACGGCCUGCUCGCCUCCUCCGACACUCUGGUGGUGGGCUGGGAGAGCGACUUCCCCGACGCCCAGACCACCGUGGACUCGUGGUACGUGCGCCCGCGUCAGGUGCUGCAGUGGGUGUUCGCCGCGGCCCCUGGCCACCCCGCGCUGCGCGCCGCCUGCGACCGCAUCGCGGCGGGGGUCGCCACCCGCCACUCCCUCUCCCCUGCCAUCGACACGCUGGAGCGCACCGGCCCCGGCCUCUUCACCGACGUGGCCCCCGCCCAUGGGCUGACGCCGCUCGACCCCGGCGUGGUGGUGCUGCACCACUUCAUGGGCAGCUGGCGCUCGCGCCGACGCUGGCCCUGGCAGGUGUCGGCGGGGGAGGUGGCGCGUGCCCUGGCCCGCCGCUUCCUGGCCCGCCCCGGCGACGCGGAAGCUGCAGAGGUGAGGAAGCUGGAGGCUGCAGACCGCGGCGCCGAGCAGCUGUACCCCACCUCGCUCACCUUCGACCCGCCCUACGUGGCCCUGGCCCCGCGCGGCGGCCUGGGCGAGUCUCAGUCCGGCGCCGACGUGGCUGCUGCGCUGGCCGCGCACGGGUCCUGGCAGCCCAGCGUGCAGCCCCUGCGCGGACCCACGCUGGCCGAGGUGCUGGUGGGCAGCCUGGGCGGCGUUGGCCAGCGCCGCGGCACGCUGGUUGACGUCGGCGCAGGCUACGGCGUGGUCGCGCUGGCGGCCGCCGCGCGCGGGCACGCGGUGCACGCCUUUGAGGCCGGGCCGCGCAGCGCCGCCGCGCUCCGCGCCUCGGUGGCCUACAACGGCUUUGGCGACCGCGUCGCGCUGCACGAGACCGAGGUGCUGGGCGCCGUCGUGCAAUCCGCGCGGCUGUGCCUGGAUGUCCCGGCGGCGGGGGGCGAGGCUGGCGGUGCUACCGGUGCGUCGCCGCUGGGCGAGGCAGCGGUGCAGCUGGCGCGCGGGUAUGGCCCGCCCGAGGCUUACGGAGCGCGGGAGGAGCCGGGUGAGUGCCGCCGCCCAGCGCGCCGCACGACCCUGGCCCAGGCCCUCCCCGCGGGGCUGAGCGUCGACGCCCUGCGCAUCUCAGCCAACGGCUGGGAGGCGCACAUCCUUGAGGGCUUCGCGCCGCUCCUGGCCGCGGCACCGGCCCCCGUCAUCGCGCUGGAGUGGAACCCAGCCGCGCUGCGCCGCGCGGGCACGCCCGACCCCGUCGCCGCCAUCCUGCGCCCGCUGCACGACGCGGGUUACACAGAGGCUUCGCACAGUGGCUACGUCUGUGACGAGCGCUGGUACGCGGCCACCUACGGCGUGCGGCGCCGCGGCGGGGUCACGCCCGAGGAGCUGGCCGCGCUGAGGCAGCCCACCUGGUGCCGCCUGCACGUGGAGGACUGGGGCGCGCUGCUGGAGCGCGCCUCGCCGCGCAGCCCCGAGACGCUGCUCUUCGUCAAUCGCGAGGCCGGCGCAGCCAGGCGGCGCAUGGGAGGCGGCGCUGGUGAUGCAGCGGCGAGGGCUGGGCACGCAGAGGCGACGGGGGGUGACGAGGGGGCCAACGACGCCGAGCCGGGUGCCCUGGCGCGCGCUGCCCUCGGCGCAGCCGCGGCGAAUGCCGGCGGCGCCGAGGCGGUGGCUGCCGCCGGACACGGCAGCCGCGCGGCGGUGGAGAGUGUCGGUGGCGAGACUGCUGCAAAUGCCGAUGCUGCAGCAGCGACGGGGACCGCCCACGAUGCCCAGGCUGCAAUGGGAACUGCCGACGGUGGCAAGGCGGCAGCCUCCCCCUCGCCUGCGGUCGGCAACCAGCCGGCCGCAGCAGGAGCGGCUCGAGCCGACGCUGCGACCGCGACCCAGGGCCAGGUCCGAUCUGCCACCGGCGCGACCAACAGCCUCGGAGGCGCCGCUGAGCUGGAGAACAUGGAUGCAGCCGUGCAUGCCACGGCGGCGGCCGUGGCCGACCUCGCGGAUGCGCAGGUGGCCUUGCACAGCGGCGGCGAUGCCACACGGUAA